UCAACUUUCAGGUAUGACCAAAUCCUUCUGAAAAAAAAAACAAGCGAAAAUAUGAAGGAGAAACACGAAAACUGGAGCCAUCCGCUGGCUUUUUGGCUGUGCGACUGCGCAGCCAUAAUUCCCAACCCUGCAACCCAAAAUUUUGCCAAAAAUGAUUUUUUGGACGGGCUUCUGAUGUUAAAUUUGAUGAAGUUUAUCAACCCACAUUUUUCUGAAAAUGAAAAAAAUGGUCAGAGUCUGUACGAGGAAUUGUUGAAUCAAAUCAGCCAGUUUUACGAGAAAAAUUUGGACCAAGUUAUAGUGUGCAAAAUGCCGGAAAUAUCGAUUUUGGAGAGCUCCGGUGAAAUUGAUGAAAUCACAUUUGAAGAGCUAAAAAAGCUCCUACUCCUACUACUCGGUUGCGCAAUUCAAAGUGACCAUAAAAAAGUUUUUGUGGACCGAAUCACCGGUUUCGAUCAGACCAUUCAAGCCGAAUUGGCUGCCUGCAUACAAAAAUUGACGGAAUCCGACGAGAUUGUGCAGAAUUUGGAGGAUUUUGAGCGCAGGAAAAUGAAGGAAACGGAUGAAGUUGGCGGAGGAGGAGGCAGUAUUGAGGAUGUGGAUAGCGAUGAUAUGGAGAGCUCAACGACGAGUAGCUCCAAUGGGGAAAUCGCUAUAAAGCAGCAGGAUCAGAGCUUUUUGAUGAGCCGCUCGACCUCUCCAACCUCGGAACUACGUCACCAGACCCUUCAAAUUGCAAAUUUACAGCAUGAAAUGAGGCAAAUGAGGACACAGGCAGAAAACCGCGACGAAGAAUGCCAAAAGCUGGAGCUCGACAACGAGGAAAAAGCUCAAAAAAUUAAAAUUUUGGAAAAUGAGCGUCUAAAACUAGUAGAUUUCAAGAAAAAAUGGAAAUCGGUGAACGAUGACCUCCAGGAGGCAAACUGCAAAAUUGAAAAGCUCCAAAAUUUGGUCGGAAUCGAGAAAAAGUACAGAGAAGCUAGAGAUGGCAAAGAGUUGUACAAGUCUAAGUACGAUAUCGUCGUAAAAAAGAAUCUAGAAAUGGAAGAAACCAUUACAACUCUCGAAAAAAAUUUGAAAACCCUACAAAUGGAAAUGAAGGAAAAAUUCGGCGUAGAGGACAACCUUCAGCGGAUGCGGAACACCAUUGAUGACUUGGAAGCCGAGAUAUCCAAGAAAAACCUGGAAAUUGAGGAUUUUCUCGACGAGAAGCAUCGGAUGGAUCGGGAAAUCAAGGAGCUCAAGGAAAUUGUACAUCAGAUGGAAGUCCCCUCUACCACUACCACACCUAGAAUUAUGGAUUCUCUUGCUGAUCAGCUGGAAAAUGCGAAACAGGACGAGUUUGAGAUGAUGAAGGCUGAAAUUCGAAAAUUGAGAGCUCAAACUGAAGGAGCUACUCCGGAAACUACGAUAAUCCAAUGCAACCAAGACCUGGACACCCUUCGCUCCCAGCUCUCCACGGAGCAACACCAAACCGCUCAGCUUCACCUGGAAAUCCAAAAAAUGCAAGUUGAAAAAGAGCAAAUCGACGGGAAUAUGGAACGAAUCGGCAUUGAGCUCGAGGAAAUGUCAGCGCAGGUGGAGAAUCUUAACCUGGAACGGGAUGAAGCCGUGAAGCAGCUUCUGGAGGCUCGACGGAAGUUUGGAGAGUUCCAGAUGGGUCAGAGCCGGGAUCUGGAGGAGAAAUGGUCGAAGGAAGUGGAGAAAUCCAAUAAAAUCUCAAAGAAGUGUGAGAUUCUAGAGGAAAAGCUUCAGGAGUCUGAUUUCCUGCUUGCCAAGUCGCGGGAUGAAGCUAAAAAAUUGCAAUUUGAGCUCGACGAGGCUCUUGAAGAGACGAGCCAUGUUACCAGAAGCCUGAGCUCUGAAAAAAACACACUUAAAGCCAAGCUCCUCGAGCUCCAGGAUCAGGUAGAAGCCCAAACCCUGGAGCUCCUAAAUCAGAAGAAUUGUGGAAAGCGGCUCGAAGACCGGGACCAGAUGAUUUCAAAUUUGCACAAUUUGAAAAACGAGCUGGAAAAUGACCUGAAAACCUGCCAAACUCAAUUGGAGCUCGAGUCCAAAAAACUUCAGCGGCUCCGUGAGGAUUUGGUGCUCGAAAAAUCGAGGCGAGCCGAUUUGAUCGGACGCAUACACUCCCUGUGCACAACGCUGAGCCUGAACGGAGCAAAUUUUGAAAAAAUCAAUAAUGACGAUGAACUAAUCGAUAAUAUCGAUGACAUCAUGAUGAAUGCGUUGGUGGCUGUGAAACGGGAACGCGAUGAUCUGAGGAUUCAGGGGAAUCAGCAAAUUCAAGAGUUGCAUGAUUUGAAGCGGGAUAUUGAGAAGUUGAGACGUUCCGAAUCAGAAUCGCUAAACGAAUCCGACGAUCGUGUCCGUGAGCUCACCCGAGAGAAUAUGCACACCAAGGAGCAAGUUUUCAUGCUCCAGGAGAAGCUCCGCGAGCUUAAUCUUGAGUUGUCAACUAAAAAUGAUGAGAUUGACAUGGUGAAGGCGUCAAUUGAGGAGUUGAAUAGGAAUUCGACCGCCUCCUGUACCUCUAACGCUGAAAUUGCCCGGCUCCAAGUCUCAAUUCGCAACUCCCAAAUCCAGGAGGACCUUGUAAAACAGGAAAAUACAAAACUGAGAGAUGAGCUCCAGGAAAUGCAGAAAAUGAGCAAGAAGCGGAGCCAAAAUCUGGAUGAGCUCGAAAAUAUGCACAAAACUCUUCUAGUCGACCAUAGUAGGCUUCAGCAGUUGCACAAUUUGCUUACUAGGGACUAUGAUGAGGCGAAGAAGGAAUCUAUGGAGUUGAGGCAGAAGGUUCAGAAUAUUCCAAGGCAACAAGCAGUCUUCAUGAACGCCAACAUCCGAGAACUUGAAGCCAAGCUGUCAGAAGAGAUUUCCAGACGGGAGCAGCUGGAAAAAGAGCACAAAAUGUGCAGAAUUCACUGUGAAAAUUUGAGACGAGACAUUACCGAGCUCGUUCAAACUCGCGACGAGCUUUCCUUGGAGCUCCGCCGAGCCCAUGACACGUGCCAUAACAAGAAUAAUCAAAUUGACGAGCUCAAAAAGCAGUUGAAUCAGAAAAUCUCAGAAGUGAACAAGUUGAGCUCAAAGAUCGAGGCGUUAAGCCAGCUGAACCGGACUUAUAAUGAGGAAAAUCGGAAUUUGUCCCGACAACUCGAGAUUCUACUGACCCAGAACAAGGAGCUGCUCCAGCGAGCUCUUCAUGACAAGGAUCAGUAUCAUUUGGAGAUGAAGGACUUCCAGGAUCAACUCAGCGCUUUACGUCGUCACAAAGAAAAGCUUGAGGACAAGAUCAUGGAUCAAUACAGAACCAUGGAGAACAAGAAGUCAACGCCAGAACGGAAGCAGCCGCUGGUGAAGCGAGCCGCUAAGGCACUGAUUAACAGGCGCCGAGCAACAUCAAACGGCGGCUCAACAACCGAAGACAGCAGCGUCUACUCUGCAGACGAACGGAGCUCCCCUCCGUUAGCCGGUAAUUCGACAUGUUCUGUGUCCACGUCAUCAGACAGUACACCCGACGAGUGUCCUUUGCAUGGUUCGAGAAGCUUCUCGAAAAUUUCUGCUCUAAAAAUUCAAAGUUCGCCCAGUCCGUCAAGCUCGUUUUCGCGGUUUUUAUCGCUGCGGCGAACGGCGAAGCCCAGCUUGUUACAGGGGGCUUAUACAAAUCCGAAUGUUCGGAAAAUGAUUGAUUAUCACUAUAAUUGUAGUGAUUAGGUGAUCAAAGUGGUCAAAAAAUUAAAAAUUUCUCAAAACUUUUAUUUGUAUAUCAGAAAUAUUAUUUGUAUUGCACGAAUUUUAUUUUUUAUGUGCCGUAUUUCCAAAAGCUUAUAUCUUGGUUAGUUGGGAUUUUACCUGAAAACUUUCAAUUAACAAAAUGCUUAUUUUUUAAUUUUCUACAUUUUGGUAGUUGAAAAUUUGUAAAAAUAUCAAAAAUGAGCCGAAAAAUGGCAAAGAUCGACGGUAUCUUGGUUAGUUUUAGACUUAUUUAAAAAUUGUCAACUGCUAGCAUAUUCCUUAUAAAAUUUUCUAUAUUUUGGUAUUAGAAAAAUUCGAAAAAUCUAUAAAAUGAGUUUAAAAACGGUAAAAUUAGCAAUUUGAUGUAGCAUCUCUUUAUCAGCUUAUAUCUUUUUUACUUUUGAAGUUAUCAAAAAAUUGUCAACUACCAAAAUCUUUAUCAGCUAUUUUUCUAUACUUUCCCAGUUAAAAUUCUCUUAAAAUUCUAAAAAUAAACCGAGAUAUAAGGCUUAAAAGGAAAUACGGUAUAUUUCUAUGUGUGUCCCGCUGUGCUUGUGUUUCGGGUCCGUCAUUUCUAUAUUUUUGUGUUUUUAUGUUUUUGUCUGUUCAUACUUGUCCAUGUCUCUGUCUUGAUGUCCUAUGUUGAAGAAAAAUGAAAUAUUUGUGCAUUUUAAACAUUUUUUGAAAUUUUUGUCCAACUGGCUCAGUGCGAUUUUCGCCGACUGCCGAGCAGAAGACCGGGGUUCGAGUCCCCGCGGUGGAUUAAAUUUUUUUCAAGCUUGUUUUAGAGGAAUUCUAACAUUUUGAACUCGAAUUUUAAUAUUUUGAAGCUGAAAAAUAUUUGCAAAAUGUUCUAAUUUGAGAUUUCAAAAAAAAAAAUUAAAAUCAUUUUUGUUGUUGUUCUUGUCAUAAUUUUCUGUCUAUUUUUUAGUUCUUCACCUCUUUAUCAUAACUAAUUUUACUAAAACAGGUACAAAUGAGGACGUAGAUCACCUGCCGCCAACAUGCUCCUCAUCUGACGAUCAUGACGUCAUUUCUCCAGACUUUAGUGCAAAAAAUCCGCUUUUAAGGUCUCGUAACGACUUUAUGGGCGGUUCUGUGAGAAGUCCGAGGAGAUAUGGAAAUGAUCAUGACGGGCAUAUUUAUACAUCUCCAUUCCUGCCGCCACGUGUGCCCAUCCGCAACUCCCCGAUGACGUCAUCACUCAGGUCCCGCCCACCGCCCCCGCCUUACAACCGCAGCCCCGCCCACAAAAUUGAGCAAAAUUCUUCGUUUUUUGAGCCAAUUGCUCAUUCGACACCAAAUUCGUCAAUUUUGGAGGAAAGAAGGGUUGUGGGGGAAGGAGAAAAAAGGGAACUAGUUAGAGAUAAGGAAGAACGCAUCGACAAGACGCUCAGCUACUACGAAAAUGUAAAUUUACCCCAAAACCCUCCGGAUUUGCCGGAAAAUAGUGAUCUGAAACCGAAUGAAUCGACAAUUUGGCACGAAUAUGGAUGUGUAUAAUUUCUGUUUUUUUUUGAAUUUUUUUCUCAUAGAAGAGCUAUUUAUAUGUAUUGUAAAGCCGGUUUUAACGAUUUUUAAUGGUUUUUUUUUUUGAAAAAUUUUUUCACCUCAUUUUAUGAUUUUGUGCUCAUUACAGUUAUGUUUUUAAUAAAAUAUUCAAAUGUUUGAA